CAUUUUUUUGAAAAUGAUUUUUCUAUUCAUUUUCCUUGUCGUUCUGACGAACGGCCACCCAGGCCCUAUUCCCCCUCCGAAGGUAUGCGCUGAAAUAUUCUUCAACAACUUCACAAAAGCAGUGAAUACUAAAGAGCCAUGGCUAGAUAUGCUGAAAUUCUUCUCAACUAAAUUCCUGUCAACUCCGGAAAACGUCAAAAUAUUCGAGCAUAUUCCGGCGGAAAUCAGUGGCUACACGUAUACUCUGGAAUACACCAACUAUCAAAUUUUCAUGGAGCCUGGGAAAAACAUACAUGGCCUUAACGUGACUCUCGUGUACCGGGGACCACAUCCAAGUUAUACCAGGAAACGAUUCGAUGUGAUUCUGGAGAAUCUCGAUCCGAAUCCGCAAACUCAACCCGACUGGUGGCGUAUCAGAUCAUGGAUGCGGAAUAGAAAUGGCCCGCCGCCGGUUCAAAACCGCAAAUUUGUUAUGGUUACACCUUCGCCGAAACACUUUUUUUCAAAUAUUUUUCCAAAACUUCUAGAAAGUUUUAAAAUUUUUUCAUCGUAGGUCGUGUCAAGGUCGGGUCGUCCCCUUUCAGAAAAGAUUCAUUUCAUCCAUUUCUACUUUGCCACGAUGACAAUCAUCAAACUUGAACGUCGAGACGUUAGAUUGCUUCUUCUUUAUGAAUUUCGUCUUGGUCAUUCUCAGCAAUGGAAGCGGAACGAAACAUAUGCGGUGCGAUGGGUGAGGGAGCACUCUCUUAUAAUACAGCAAAGAGUUGGUUUCAAAAGUUCAAGAACGGCGACUUUAGUCUCGAAGAAAUAGAACGUUCUGGGCGACCGGUAGAGUUAAAUGAAGAAGACCUAGUGAAGCUGGUGGAGGAAGAGCCUCGUCUUAGUCUUCGUGAAAUGGAAGAGAAGCUUGAGUGUUGUCAUAGCACAAUUGCACGUCACUUGGGUCGCCUUGGUUUUACUUCAAAACUUGGAACUUGGGUGCCUCAUGAACUUUCGGCAUCACAGAAGCUCACUCGGGUCAACGUUUGUACUCAACUUCUAACUUUUCGUCGAAAGUUCGAUUGGCUGAACAAUCUGGUUACUGGAGAUGAGAAGUGGGUGCUCUAUGUUAACCAUUCCAGAAAACGUCAAUGGCUUCCGAUCGGUGAGAAAGGAAUACCGACGCCAAAGCCUGAUCUUCACCCAAAAAAGAUUAUGAUCUGUGUCUGGUGGGGUGUUCAAGGACCCGUGCACUGGGAAUUGUUGCCAACUAAUAAAACUAUCACUGCUGAUUACUAUUGUGCCCAAUUGGACCGAGUUGCAGAAAAGACCAACGGAAAAUAUGAAAAACUAUAUUUUCUUCACGAUAAUGCUAGGCCUCAUGUCGCCAAGAAGACUUUCCAAAAGCUGCAAGAUCUUGGUUGGACUGUUUUACCGCAUCCACCAUAUUCUCCAGAUCUUGCACCAACCGACUACCAUUUGUUCUUGUCUCUCAGUGACUACAUGCGCGACAAGCAAUUCGACGACGAAGAGCAUCUCAAAACUGAACUCUCCACUUUCUUCUCAUCGCGUUCGCCGGAUUUCUUCUCCCGUGGCAUCAUGAUGUUACCUAGUAAAUGGCAACAAGUGGUGGACACUAAUGGUGAAUACUUGUGUGAAUAGUACUACUUGUCGCUUGAGAGAAAUAAAUUUUUUUCAAAAAAAAAAUAGUACAAAAACUUAUGGGACAACCUGAUAUAAUAACCCAACUGCUCAAUACGUUCAUGAGCUCUGUGAAUACCCGGAACUUGAAUCGGCUUAGCACCAUAGUCUCUUCGAAAAAUGAGGCCCUGAGUCUAGUUGGCAUGCAACAGUUGUACGAGUUGUUUGCUGGAAAUCACUUCUCACUAUCAGGUCCCACCGGCAGCUGGAAGCAAACUUAAUUACUGCUACCGUGGUGUUCACGAAUCCAUCUACCAAGGUCUCUAAUCUAGUCCGGAUUGUGCUCAGAAAUCGGGGUGAUCAGUUUGACUGGAAGAUCGUCCACUUGAAGCUGAUGUUCGGAGCAUUCGCAGUACCAAGGGGCUUUUCUUUAUAAACUGUGUUGUUGUUAAAUUA